GAGAAACAACGGAGACGGCAAUUCAAUAAGCUUCUCUCGGGCAAGUGUAUACUAGUUGAGCACACUUUUGGGAUGUUGAAAGGCUGCUUCCCUGCCCUCAAAGUGCUCAGUACGCCAAACAACAUAGACGACGUGUAUCGGAUUGUCAAAUCGUUGAUGGCCCUGCACAAUAUUUGUAUCGACCUUGGUGAUCACCCAGAAGACAUCUAUGGCUACGACCCAUCAGACGAUCCUGAUGUGGCUAAUGGCAACGCGGACAUUGAUGUUGACCUUUCACAGUAUGGUGGAGUUACCGGAGACGAGCCUGCUGACAUACCAGUGUUGAAGACGGAGGCGGCAUUGCAGACAGCAGGGUAUGAGAUGCGGCUCCAUUUACUUAAUGCAUUGUGUCCCGUCGAGUAA